GCCAAACAAAGCUCCAUGUGCCGGAGGAAGGAGAGAAAGUUCCACCAAAGUGUCUAAAAAUAAAAGAUACGAACCUGCGGCAGCGAAGUUCAACAUUCACAAGCUUUUAUUGUGUUUUAUUUAGAGCUGAAUCGUUCAUGCUACUUUUUAAAAAACGAUAAAGAAGGAAUAGAAGAAGAAGAAGAAGAAGAAGAAGAAGAACGGCGUUUAAACUUUAAAGAGCUUCGCUGCAGAAGAUGGUUUGUUUUUAAAGGAUGCGUUUUGGGAUUUUUCCGUGUGACAAAUUAAAGCUGGAGCAUCAAGAACAUAGAGAGGAGGAGGAGCAGAAGGAGCAGAAGGAGGAGGAGGAGAUGAAGCCAGGGGCCAAGGACAAAGUGAUCAGUGGACACACUCCGAUCUCCGCUUCUUCCUCCUCCGCUUUCACCUUCUUUCCUUUUCUCUCCUCCUCGCCGUGCCCAGGAGAAGGAGGCGAGGAUGACGAGGUCAGGGUUGCCAUAGUGACCAUCGAGGACGAGUCCUGUCCGUCGGAACCUUUCGGCGCUGAUUCCAACCUGGAAACAACCAAUCGGAUCCCAGAAAGAUACGGCGAAGGACACAAAAAAGACAGAGGAGGGGCGGAAGGAGACCAAGGGGAGAAGGAAGGGAAAGAGGAGGAGAAGGAUGAGGAGGAGGAGGAGGAGACCAGCGAGCUGACGUCUCCAUCGCUGAGCCAGAUUCUUCAGAGAUUAUAGACUCACUCAGACCCAGAGUCCUGAAGAGAAGUGCAGACGUUAAAUAUGUCGUCUCAUUGGGCCUUUUGGAUUGACAAGGUCACAUUCCUGCUCUCACACACACACACACACACA